GUUUUCUUCGGCGUUGGCCGAACCGGAUAUCAGAAGCAAGACAUGAGUGAUAGAUAACCAUAAUUCGAUCUGAUUAUGCAUGCUUCCGACACGCCAAGACUUGCAAGCGGCGCCGGCGCGGCUCUGCGACUUUUUUCUGACCUUCUCAGGACGCCAAAGUUCGUCAGACAUUUCCCACCAGCUUUCCUUGCGCAGCAUCCACCAUGGUUAAGAAAGCGGUUGACAAGCGGAUUCCCGACCUCAUUCGCAAUGGUGUUCAGGAGAAGAAGCGGUCUUUCUUUGUCGUCGUUGGCGAUCGCGGUAAAGAUGUAAUUCUGAAUCUCCACUACAUUCUCGGCAGCGCCGAUCCGAAGCAAAACAAAUCCGUUCUCUGGGCCUACAAAAACAAGCUGCUCGGCUUCACCAGUCACCGCAAGAAGCGCGAAGCCAAGAUCAAGAAGGAAGUCAAGCGUGGCAUCCGAGAAGCCAACACCGAGGACCCCUUCGAACUCUUCAUCUCCCUCACGGACAUCCGCUAUGUUUACUACAAAGAAACCGAAAAGAUCCUCGGAAACACAUACGGAAUGUGUAUUCUCCAGGACUUUGAGGCGCUCACGCCGAAUCUGCUAGCGCGAACGAUCGAGACGGUCGAGGGUGGUGGGCUGGUCGUACUGUUGCUGAAGACCAUGUCGAGUCUGAAGCAGCUGUACACCAUGUCUAUGGAUGUACAUUCGCGCUACAGGACGGAGGCACAUGGCGAUGUGGUUGCGCGGUUUAACGAGCGGUUCAUUCUGUCUUUGAGCGAUUGCGCGAACUGCUUGGUGGUGGACGACGAGUUGAACGUACUCCCGAUUUCCGGAGGAAGGAAUGUCCAGGCACUCCCGCCGGUGUCGAGCGCCGACGAGGCGCUGCGACCAGAGCAGAAGGAGCUGCAGGAGCUGAAGGAGAGCUUGGCAGAUGUGCAGCCGUCCGGCUCGUUGGUCGAGAUCACCAAGACUGUCGACCAGGCGAAAGCGGUCAUGACGUUCGUUGAUGCGAUUGCGGACAAGUCUUUGAGGAGCACUGUGACGCUUACAGCUGGUCGUGGUCGUGGAAAGUCGGCGGCUUUGGGACUUGCCAUUGCCGCAGCUAUCGCUUACGGAUACUCCAACAUCUUCAUUACUUCGCCGUCGCCAGAGAACUUGAAGACUUUGUUUAGCUUCAUCUUCAAAGGAUUCGAUGCGCUGAACUACAGUGACCACCUCGAUUACGAUAUCAUCCAGUCCACCAACCCGGCUUUCAACAAGGCCAUCGUGCGUGUCAACGUUCACCGCCAACACAGACAGACUAUCCAGUACAUCCAGCCACAGGACGCACAUGUUCUCGGUCAGGCAGAAUUGGUGGUUAUUGAUGAAGCAGCGGCUAUCCCACUGCCCCUGGUGAAGAAGCUUAUGGGCCCCUACCUAGUCUUCAUGGCAUCUACAAUCAACGGAUACGAGGGAACUGGACGGUCGUUGUCGUUGAAGCUGAUCCAGCAACUUCGCGACCAGUCUCGCGGCGUCACCAAAGUAGCCUCGGAGGGCGUAACCACCGAUCGCGCCGGAAAGGCUGCCAAAGCCUCCGGCUCUGCCGUAGUAGGUGGUCGAACACUGCGAGAGGCGACCUUGGAUGAGCCCAUCCGUUACGCACCUGGCGACCCAGUCGAGAAGUGGCUCAACAACCUUCUCUGCCUCGAUGCCACCCUUCCUCCCAAGCGCAAGAACAACACUGGUACCCCAUCACUGGACAAGUGCGAGCUGUUUGCCGUAUCGCGCGACAGCUUAUUCUCUUACCACCCUGUCUCCGAGCGCUUCCUCCAGAAGAUGAUGGCACUCUACGUUGCGUCUCACUACAAGAAUUCCCCCAAUGACCUCCAGCUCAUGAGUGAUGCUCCGGCCCACCAGCUGUUCGUCCUUUUGGCACCAGCAGAGGAGGGAAGUAACCACAUUCCGGACCCACUGGUCGUUAUCCAAGUUGCAUUGGAGGGUCAGAUCUCAAAGAAGAGCGUACAGGCCGCUCUAAGCCGAGGAAAGCGUGAGGGGGGUGACAUGAUCCCCUGGCUCGUGUCGCAGCAAUUCCAGGAUGAGGAGUUCGCCGGUCUCUCGGGAGCCCGAGUAGUGCGCAUCGCGACCAAUCCGGAUUAUGUGGGAAUGGGCUACGGAAAGCGUGCACUGGACCUACUGACGGACUUCUACGAGGGCAAGUUCGCCAGUCUAGAGGAAGACAGCACAUACAUCGAGGACGAGAUCGUCCGCGUCACCGACGAGGAGAUCGAGAACUCGCAACUCCAAACCGAUACCGUCAAAGUGCGGGAUCCCAAAUCGCUGCCACCACUGCUAUUGAGACUAUCCGAGAAACGACCGGAACUUCUGGAUUAUCUCGGUGUAAGCUACGGUCUGACGGAUCAACUCCACAAGUUCUGGAAGAAAUCCGCCUUCGUCCCCGUGUACCUCCGUCAGACCGCCACCGAGCUCACCGGCGAGCACUCGUGCGUUAUGAUCAAGACCCUGGCGGACAAAGACAGUGCUUGGCUUGGAGCCUUCGCCACGGACUUCCGCAAGCGCUUCCUAGAGCUCCUCUCCUACGAGUUCCGAAAGUUCAACUACAUGACCCCUCUCCUCGUGCUGGAAUCCGCCAAUGCCGGCGCAAAGCUGGCCGAAAAGUCGCCAGCGCAGCUAACAAAAGCCCAACUUGACGAACUCCUCUCUCCCUUCGACCUCAAGCGUCUGGAGUCCUACGCCGACAACAUGCUCGACUACCAUGUAAUUUUGGACAUGGUCCCACAGAUCGCAAAUCUGCACUUCACUGGCCGGCUCAAGAACCUCGUCUCCAUCUCGCCCAUCCAAAGCGCAGUCCUUAUGGCCAUCGGCCUGCAACGGAAAACCCUCGAGGGCUUGGAGAAGGAACUCGGUGUCGGCAAUGCUCAGGUUCUCUCCAUGUUCCAGAAAAUUAUGCGGAAGGUCGCUACAGCGUUCCGCGAGCUGCUAAGCAAAUCCAUCGAGGAAACUCUACCAAAAGAGGCCCACAGGAAGAAUGAUGAGAUGGACGUGGAUGGUGGGGACGAGGCGAGAGAGUUUGCGCCCGUUGAUGGAGAGCUGCGCGAUGAGUUGGAGGAGGCGGGCGAGGAGGCGAUGGAAGGCCUCAGGCUAAAGGAACUGCAGAGGGAGAUGGUUAAUGAGCUGGAUCUGUCGAAAUAUGAAAUCCCCGCCGACAAAGGUGACUGGACAGAAGCCGAGAAGCAGAUUCGGAAAGCGGCAUCGUCGAAGUCGGAGGGACGGAGUACGAUUGUUUCGGUAAAGACGGGCAAGUCAGCUGCGAAACGGAAGGCUGGCGAGAGCGCGGCGGAGAUCUAUGAGGAGGAGGUGGAGAAGUUUAAGAACAAGAAGCCGAAGAAGGGGAAGCGGUGAUCUUGAUUAUAGAAGCAUGACGAAAAGUUUGGGUUGGGAUUUGCUUUUGCCUGCUCUCUUGUUUAUAUAUCUUGUCCUUCGCCGAAGGGAUGUAAUUACGUGAUAUCACGACUAUUGCUAAG